GCAUAGUAUUUUACACUCUUUGUGAUGGAAUUUUGUGUCAGUUGCGUUUCAGUAAAUUUUUGUAUUUUUGUUGCAGUUCGCUGCAACUCAAGUUUUAGCAUUGCGCUAUAAAAUCCAAGCGCCUUUUAAAAUGGUAAAAGCGUUUAAAACAGCACCACUUAUAUCGCAACCAUGUCCCGUCCGCGAACGUGAAGAUCCUAUGCGUACAUUAAAAACAUUAUUUGAAAACUACAUUGUUGUCAAUUCAAAUAUAGAAAAAGUUCCGAAUUCUAUUCAAAACCAUGAUCAUCGUAAAAAUCAGUCAGGGUUUUUACAUACAUUUUCAAACAAAAUACCAGUGUGUGAAAUAAAGUCUGUCGAAGUUCCCGAUCUGUUUGGGAAAGUUACAAUUCCAAAAAAAGUUAUGGAAGUAAAACUAGCAAACUCUUUGAACGCUAAUAUAUGCAAAAAAGUAAAAAAAGAAAUCCUUUAUUUGGAGGAAGAAAAAAAUUGCGAUAAACAUUUAGACGUACGCUUGUACGUUAUAAAGAUCCGAGAAAUUGUAGUAGCCUACCAACAUAUGAUUUAAAUAAAUUUCAAAAAUUAAUAUUUAAAA